CAUUAUUUUUCUCUAACAUAUUUUAUAUUUAGCAUAUAAAUAUAAUAUUUUCAUGAAAUUGUGUUGUUUUAAUUAAUUUUCUUCAUUCUAGUGAAUUAUUGUCAUACUUUUCCUCUUGCGUAAUGUGAGAAUACGUGUGAAUGUUAAUAUAUUAGUUGGAGUUAUGAAGAGAAAUCAUUACCCAUGGAUAACCGUGGAUACCCGAAACCCGAACGGGUAUGGACAUGGUUUUAAUUUUCUACCCGUUUCAUAUGUGGGUAUGGGUAUGGGUAAAACCCGAACUACUUUGGGUAGGUUAACGGAUAUGCACUAUCCGUCCCCGACCCGACCCAUUGCCAUCCCUAGGCAGGACUAAAAGGAAGGGUGGAAUUUCAUUUCACUAAGAAGGGCCGGAGUCCACAGAUACAGACCCAUUAUUUAUUGGGCUUCCAAUUACCUGACUCAUUGAAAGCCCAUGAAAAGUAGCCCAUCCCACUUCCAUAGGCCCAGCCGUAUUUGAGAUAUAUGCAUGGUCUCGUGACCGGCGACCUAACCGUCACAAGAAAGUGAAACGGGCGGGAAAGAAAACGACCGUCGAUAAGGUGAAUCAUGGGCGAGGAGGAACAGGUUGCCAGCUAGCAGGCAGGGCAUGGCCCAAGAAGAGAGGCACCAUCCAGUGGACUGGACGUGCCGUCGCUUAUGGGCCUCUCGCUCAAGAUAAGAGAUGGGCCCACAAGCCCCUAUCGCCACCACCUCUCUAUCCUCUCGUAAUCCUCUUUCCUUAUUUCACCAACCAAUCAUAUGCUUACAAAUAUACGUUACCCGCUUACGUCACCUCCCUCCAAAAAUAAAGAAUAAAACAAAAACAAAAAAAUAUCCACACACCGUUUCGUUUCCCCAAAAUUCUGAUCAGGUACUCCCCGUUCCAGCAUAUCUGCAGACUCCAGGGCCCACUUCCCUAUUCCACGUUCUUCUUCUACGUCUAGUCCACUACCGGUAAAAGACGAAUUCUCGCUGAUUUUAGGGUGGAGAUGAAAAUCUGUAUCGUAGUUACCAUGGGCCCUCACGUAUAGGAUAGCCACUAAAAACAGUAUCAUCAUCGUCAUAGCUCAUAAGAGAGCUUAUGGCUUAUGCUUAACACGCACAUUUCCUCUCUGCAAAUUCUCCAGUUCCGAUUACGGCAAUGGAGUCGCGAGUGCUAUCACGCACAGCCGCUCUCCCUCAGCUCCGGAGGCUCCCGCGGGAGAGCGGCGGCAGUGGCUCCUUUUCGUCCGGCUUCCUCUCGAUGAAGGCGAUCAGCGGCGGAGUCGGCGCCGCCAAUCUCAUCUGCGGGAGGCAGCUCCGGCCGUUCCUGCUCCUCGAGGCCAAACGCGAUAUGGCUCUGAAACCUGUUUUCGCCGCCGCAUCCUCGUCUCCGGCCGAGGGAAGUGAUUCCGCCGGGGCAAAGGUUGGCUUCCUCGACAAGUACCCGUUCCUCAUUACCGGGUUCUUCUUCUUCAUGUGGUACUUCUUGAACGUCAUUUUCAACAUCAUGAACAAGAAGAUCUACAAUUACUUCCCCUACCCAUACUUCGUGUCGGUAAUUCACUUGGCGGUGGGAGUCGUGUACUGUCUGAUCAGCUGGGCCGUGGGCCUUCCUAAGCGAGCUCCAAUAGACGGCAACCUGCUGAAGCUGCUGAUUCCAGUAGCGUUAUGCCAUGCUCUAGGACAUGUGACCAGCAACGUCUCCUUUGCAGCAGUUGCUGUCUCCUUCACCCACACCAUCAAAGCUCUUGAACCGUUCUUCAAUGCGGCUGCUUCACAGUUCAUACUCGGGCAGUCGAUCCCCAUAUCGCUGUGGCUGUCUCUUGCCCCUGUUGUCCUUGGUGUGUCGAUGGCUUCACUGACUGAGCUUUCAUUCAACUGGCUGGGGUUCAUCAGCGCCAUGAUCUCCAACAUUUCCUUCACUUACAGAAGCCUUUACUCCAAGAAGGCUAUGACGGAUAUGGACAGCACUAAUGUGUAUGCGUACAUCUCCAUAAUUGCUCUGAUUGUCUGCAUUCCACCAGCCAUUUUCGUUGAGGGACCUCAGCUAAUGAAGUAUGGCUUCAACGACGCAAUCGCCAAAGUUGGAAUGACCAAGUUCGUGACGGACCUCUUCUGGGUGGGACUCUUCUAUCACCUCUACAAUCAGCUGGCCACUAAUACUCUGGAGAGGGUUGCACCGCUGACACAUGCUGUUGGCAAUGUGCUGAAACGUGUGUUCGUCAUUGGCUUCUCCAUCAUUGUCUUCGGCAACAAAAUCUCAACACAAACUGGGAUUGGAACGUGCAUUGCCAUUGCUGGAGUGGCGAUCUACUCGUUGCUCAAGGCCAAGAUAGAGGAGGAGAAACGGCAAAAGAAAGCCGCAUGAGGAAGAAGGAAGCUACGGUUGAUGCGGGAGGAAGCCUGAUCAUCGGCGUGUAAAGUCUUUCAGAUAUAUUAUCUGCUGCUAUAUAUUAUUCUGGGUACUGAACAGAACUUUGAGAAGAACGAAGUAUCCUGUUGUGAUCAAGAUGUUCUUUGUCAUCUUCAUUUUUUCCUUCUUCUCGCCCUUUUUUUUCACCUCAUGCAUCAUUGUUCUUUGAUUCGGAGUAGACGACAAUUUGCAAAUAUGCAAACUCUCAAGUUCUUGUUGACUUGAAAUAAUGUGACUUUCCUUUGUACCUUUCUGGUUAACAGAGCAUAUACAUAUACAUCAUGUCACUAGUGCCGUACUUGUUGGAGUUUCCAUUUGCAUGGAGCAAGUAAGAGUCGACCUGACCCGUCCAACCUGACAUGUUUGGCGCGGGCAGGUAUGUGUACUGUUCUUGAUCUGACCCGUCUCAUUCUGGAUCCGUUAUUGUAUAAAUUAUUUGUAAUUUUAUAGAAAUUAUUUACGAAUUUACUUUUAUUAUAUAAUAUUUUAGCUAUAAUAAAGUGUAAGUAGAUGAGAACCUCAAUUUCUUGAAUAAUUUAACGACAUUUAUCAUGUUAUAGUUUGUUUAUGAAAUGUUUAAUGAAAAAAAAACAAUGUAUCAAGUGUUUUACCGUUACAAUACAUACUCGUAUAAGUCGACCUGAUCCGAUACGCGCCCUAAGACAAUAUACGUACCCAACCUACCACGGGGCGGGUAUGAGUAUUGAGAUACCCAAGCCGACUUGCCACAUUGCCAUUUCUAGUCGCUAGACUUGAGGAGUCGGUGGCGUAAGCUUAUUGGUUAGCUCGGACGUGUUGGGUCCAUAAAUUUAAAGGCAGAAAGGCCUGCUCAAACCAUGAUGGAGUUGGUAAUUAAGGUGACCACUUAAUUUCACACAAAUAAUAAACAGUGAUAGAAAAUGUUAUAUUUUCUUAGGUUUUAACGAAACUAAGGUCAAGAAGGGUUAUAUGGUUCUGAAGGUUGAUAUGGAGAAGGCAUAAGAUAGAGUAAAGUCGCCCUUCCUACUCGCGAUUUUAGAAAAAAUGGUCUUCGAUUCGAGAUGGAUAAGGUGGAUCAAGGAAUGUUUGACUUAAUUGUCUUUCUCAGUCCUUAUGAAUGGCACCUCAUUUGGAUUCUUCCAUGUAUUCUUCGUAGACGAUUCAUAUAUGUUCCUCAGAGGAUCGGUGCAAGAAUGUGAGAAUCUGAUUGAGGUCCUUAAUGAAUAUGAGGAAUUAAGUGGCCAAAGGAUCAACUUAGCUAAUCAAGACAUCAUUGCCCAUAUUCUUGGUGUGGGGGCGGUAGGGGUGCAACAUAAAUAUCUUUGUCUCCCCGCCAUGAUUGAGCAAUCUAAAAUGUCUAUGUUUAUCCCUCUGUAAGAUUUUGGUUAAACAUGCGGUCGGAUUUUGGUGGGGGGGGGGGGGGUGUCAUUCCCGUAUCUGGUGGAUGUCUUGGAGAAACUUGGGUCGAAGUAAACAUGAUGGGGGCUGGGGUUUCGUCAUUUCGAACACAUUUAAUCAGGACCUCUUGGCCCAAAAUUAGGUGGUGAAUCCUCGACGAACCCAAUCCCUACUGCGCAUUCCUGACCUUCUUGAGGCUAACAGAGUAUUCUGCAUGGUCUCCAUUUACUUCUUCAAGGGUUGUGUUGCCAGAUUGGGAAUGGACGAAGUGCCUCCAUCCGGAAUUCCAUAUGGAUUCCUAGUUUACAUCUGAAUGCCCCGCUUUGUCACCAACAAGUGAUAAUGGAGGUGAGUGACCCGAAGGAGGUAGAACUAAUGGAUCAAGAGGCAGGACAAUGGAGUGAUGAGCGACUGACACAUAUGUUCCUGCCAGACGUUUUCUGAGCCAUUAAAGCGAUCCCGCUGUC